GAAAGCGAUCAGCUCAGAGAGACUUCGAGCUCCCUCGCCCCUGCAGUGCCCAGCUUGGAAGGCGCCGCCAUGCCCCAGCAGUCCGAAGCAACACUUUUCUGGGACCUCACCGAAGUCCCUGCCGGCUGGCCCCUGGCCACCGUCAUCGACGCCUUCGGCGAGUUGGCUUGUUACAAUGCAAACGCAGACCUAGCUGUUCAGCUGGUGAGCUGGCGGCUGGUGGAGCUCUGGGCCUCGCAGCCUGCAGAGGGCCAGGCCUGGGUCCAGCAGUGCCGGGAGCGCUUUGCGACGGAGCUCGCGGGCAAGGAGACGAGGCAGGAGCAGCUCUUCGAGGCGCUGCUCCGGCACGGGGCGGCCGAGCACGGCAAGUACGGCGGCGGCGGCUGGUGGUGCUUCUCCGAGGCGGGGCUCCUGCGAGGAGAGCCGCUUGGCUCAGCGGCGGAGCGGGAGAAGGAGUCGGCUUGGUACCUGCAGCAAUUGGAUGCCCCCGAUCGCUGCUGGGAGCUCGCGGAGCGGCUCGCGGAGGCGGAGAGCCAGGAGACGGCGCGGAAGCGGCAGAAGCUCGAGGAGGAGACCUCGGAGCGCCGGCGCCUCGAAGCGGAGCUCCACAAAUCGCAGGAGGAGAGCCGAGAGCUGCGCAAUCGCCUGGCUGUGGCGGAGGCGGAGGUGUCCGUCAAGGCUGCGGAGCUGCAAGCUGCUCAAAGCGAGAGUGAAGAGCUUGCUCACCGUGCGGCAGCCGCGGAGUCAGCUGCGGCGGAGAUGCAGAAGGAGCUUUGGCGUGAGCGUUGCCAGAAUCUGGCGAAUCGUUUGGAAGCAGCAGAGAUUGAGCAUGCCAAGAUGUCGGAGCUUUUGACUCGCGAUGCCGCUGAAAAGCAGCUAGGGGUGCAGCGGCCGCAAGAAGAGAGCUGCAGCUACCAGGACCGCUGCCUCCCGGUUUCGGCACCAGAGGGGAGCCGGGCUGAGCUGCAGCUCGAGAAGGCCGUUUUGCAGGAGAGGUGUGAUCAGCUCAGGCAGCAGCUUGCCAAAGCAGAGGCGAAGGUGGAUCUCCUGCAAGGUCUGCGGGAAGAGAUCGGCAUGUACAAGGAGCGCCUUCGUGGGCAGGCCGUCGAGGCCAAGAAGAGCCAUCGCUUGGACGGUGGCACUUCCGGUCAUCUCACCCAGAAACUUCGCACCCCAGCUCCCAGCCACGCAGCCUUAGAUGAGGAGGAGUCGGAUCUUGCCGAGCAGUUGGGGUACAGCCUUGUCGAUGAGGAUGGAGCCUCCGUCCUGAGUGGGUCCUCCGGCUACUCGGUUCAGCAGAACUGCUUCAUGCUGGAUGCGAUCUUCAAGAGCCGCAUGGACUUCUUCUGCGAGGGGAGGGACCUGCAGAAAGGCUCGCAGGUGGUGGCUGGCGAUGGUAAGACCGCUUUGGAAGUGGUCGAGAUUUCGAAGGAAUCGCAGGCCACAGAAGUGGUCGACUUGCAGGCGGGCAGUGCAACACUGCGAGUGACCCCGGACCAUCCCGUGCAGGUCCCCGAUGAAAGUGGCAAGGCAGGACACCAUCUGUACAUGCCGGCGGGCAAGCUGAAGGCGGGCGACUUGGUGAUGCUCGAUUCGGGGGAGCCGGUUCCACUAAUCAUGGCAGAGGCCCGGCCCUUUGAGAGCAAGUUGCUGAAGAUCGUUUUCAAUCCGGACGUGCCGGUAGCUGUCUUCAGCAGCCCAUCCUGCAUCCUCAGCAAGGGCCACAAGAAGAAGCCACAGGCUGGGCGCCGUGGUGGCAUGUGCCAGAGAGUCAAGGAGGCUCCCGAUCCGAUGGACGGAGCUUCGAUUCCGGACACGGCGGCCGGGGAGUACAUGGACUGA